CCUGGUCGAGCGAGGGCGAGCCUGCCGGAGGACCUGUCAGCUAUCCCGGCAGUCUCAGCGACCUGUUGGGAGCGAGGCUGGGAAGGAGGUGAAGGGUCAGCGGUGUCGAUCAGCGGCUGGAAACGGGGUUUAAAGAAGAAAAUCAAAAGUGAAGGACACGGCAGCGGACUUGAGGGUCGGAGGUAGCCGGCGGAGACGGUCACACGUUUAAGCCAAGCGUAUGGGUGACUAAUGUGCCAUUUAAGAGAGGCUGCAAGUAAAAACUGGGGAACUACUGGUCCGUGAGCCUAACAUGAGCGGUGGACAUCUGUGAAGCAUUUAGAAUAGAAAGAACUUCUUAACCAGUUUCCUUUAAGACCACUGCAUUUAGCUUUAACUUGCAAAACAUCGAAAAUGGCUAGUACAAAUAGCAUAGCACAAGCGAAGAGGGCAGUUCGACAGCUUAAAGUAGAAGCCAGUAUUGACAGGAUAAAGGUUUCAAAGGCUUCAGCAGAUCUUGUCCGCUACUGUGAGGAACAUGCCAAAAGUGACCCUCUGCUCAUGGGCAUUCCAACUUCAGAAAAUCCCUUUAAGGAUAAGAAGCCUUGCAUUAUAUUAUAGUUAUAGAUCACCUUUGUGCUUUUGUUUUUAACAGACCAAUAUUAGAAUAGGUGAUGCGAUUUUAAUGCCCGCUGGUAUUCACACACAACCCAAAUUCAUGUUUCUUCCCAUAUUGGGUUUUGUCAUUUCUCUCUUUUUCCACCUCCUGCCCCCUCUCCCCCCACCCACCCCUCUCUUUUCUCCUCCUCUCUCACACCCUCCCACAAAAAAAAUGCCAUCAAAUUAGAUUAGAGUUGGGAACAACUUAUGAAUUCAGACCAAAAAGAUGUUAAAAAUGUUUAUUUGUGCCAGAAGAAAAGUGAAGUUCGAAUGUACUGAAUAACACUUAUAUUAUGCCUUUAUAUUUAACCAUAGUUUCCUAUGUUAUUGCAAAAGUGUGAAAUUUUUAAACUUACAAAUGUAUGUGUUAUAUAUGCUAAACUUACACCAUCAUCCUCACUGUUAACCUUAAUGCUUUUUUUACCCCAAAUGGAUCAGAAAUAGCUGCAUUGGACUUGUUGAAUCAAAUGGUACAAUGCAGUAUACCACUGAAAGUCUUGAGUUGACCCCCAACAUCAUGCCUGCCUAUGCUGUCAUUUGUUAUUUCCGCAUUCACUCACCUAUAUCUAUCAAUUGAGAAAGUCCAGCAGAAAAUUGAUGUUUCCCCAUUUAUUAGGACUUUAAUACUCCCUCUGCAAGCUUGAAAUUACUUAUGUAUCCACACACUUCAAUUUUGACAGUGCAACUACUGAAGCUUGGAGAGGUGGAUACACAAAAAUGCCUCAUCAAAGUCUUGAUGUCGAAGAUCUGCCAAGUUUGUUAACUUUAUGUCUGCAAAAAUCAGACCAUGGUCUCAAUACCCAAUUCACACAUAUGAAAGAGACAUCAGAGCUAGACAUUUCAUUACUCCUGACUCAAUUAUUGGGUUUAUGCACGUGAAUGUUGCUGAACAUCCGAUCACUAUUGGAAAUAGAAACCCUUACACCAGUUCUGACUCCCACCUCUGUACAUAUCUUAUCUUUGCAACCUAACCAAAUUAAUUAGUGUCCUGCCAUAUUAAUGAUUUAAAAUAUAUCACUUUCAUUUCCUUCUGGGGAUUUUAUUCAAAUUUAUCAGCAUAACCUCCAUAACCAACAUCCUCAAAAUUUCAUGGAGUGGACUUGUCCAUUUCAAGCACAGUGCACACAGAACCUAUGCUGUCAGUCUGUGUUUAGUGAUGCAAUUACAAAUGCAAAACGUUUGAAGAUUUCCUGUGUAUGUCAAUCCAAGUCAGAUCUCUCUGUCAUUUCUACAGAUAAAUAAAAGAAAAAAAUGUCCUCUGAUACACCACAGAUGGUAAAUGGCAGCAGUUGAAUGUUGCUAAAGAUACACUAACCAAUUGGUAUGCAGUUUGAGAUCAAUAGAAAAUGUACUUUAACUGGAUUAGUUUUGUGAAAAAACUUUUUGAGCCCAUUGGCCCUUGAUAUUUCUAUUUGAUAAAUUUGGAUCUUUGUUUUCCAGUGGUUGCAUCAGACUGCUGUCCAUAUUCAUCAUAUCUUAUAUAUCUAAAUUUUGGAAAUUCGCAGCAUGAUUUUAAUUUCUAAUAUCCAAAGAAUUUUGUAUCUGCAGUAUUAACAGUGGUAUUGCCUUAGAUCAACAUAAUAAAGAUAAAAUAGUUUUAUAAAACUUGCCAAAAUGAAAACUUCAGUUUUACUGGUUGACUGAUAUUGUAUUGCCUGAGAACAAUGUAGAGUAGCUGGAAUGGUUAUAACAAAAUACUUUCAAGCACUCUUUUUGUUUGAAUUUCAGGAUCUAGUUCCUUCCAUUUUGGCUAUUAAAUCAAUUUUAAAUAGCCAUUCACAGACUUGUGAACUCACUUUAUCCCAAGUCUGCCGUCAUCUCAAAGAACAGUGGAUUUUAACAGCAUGUCCACCCUGGUGCCAACAUUGCCCCAUUGGACAUGAACCCUGUGACCUACAGUAUUACAUAAAUGAAACUACAUUUUAAUUUGACCAUUAGAACCUAUUUACAUAAAUAAAAAAUGCCUUUUUUGUGAAACAGUAAGAUAUCUGUUUGAUAGAAUUCUUUACUAAACAGUGUUGAUAUAGAGCAUGGUUUAUUUCUGGUGAUUUGCAUAUAAUAGAGUUUAUUAUCAUUUUUGAGGCAGAGAUCUCCUUGUAUUUUCUGAUUUAACUAUGCGAAUAUUAGCUUAGUUCCUCUGAUAUGUCAUUACUAGAGUCAUUGUUAUUUUCAGAAAAGCAUUUUCUCUAUUUACCUACAGUUAUGCUGUUGUCUCUGAUGGUGAACUUCAGCAUCUAGCAGUCUUUCAUUCCAAAGUUGAAUCAGCAGAGCCCUCAUGAAAUGCAAUUGUGCAGUAAACCUAAACAAAAGCUUAGUAGCAUAUUGAAAAUAUUCAUUAUGUCUUCAACGUCUUCAGUCAUUUCCUUGAGUCUUUAAUUAGUCUGCAUUGUUUAAUGGUAAAGUAACUGAUUUAAAUUUUAAUUUUACAUUCAAUAGAAGAGGCCAGUUAAACAUUUGAUGGAAAGCCUAUACAAAGUAUAUAAAUUCAGAUCUUCUGUGUUUUUGUCAUUCUGCCUAAGUCACCCACCAACAUUUGUUGUUUUUUCUCAAAUGGACCUUUGAUUCAUAACCAGUAAAAAGUGCCUUCCAAUUAUUUUUACUGUAUGCGUUAUUCUUUCUAGAUCUGUUUUGUUAACAUCAUCUUUCUUUGUCCAACUUAUUGAGUUUUUAAAUGCUUCCUUGGAUGCAAGAUAUUUAAAUCUCCACAAAGCUACUGUGGCUUUCUCAUCAUAAAUUUGAGAAACUUCACAUCCUUUCAGGACUUUAUGAAAAUAUUCUGUUUCCUUUCUAUGUUAAAAUAAUAACAUUAAGUUCCCUCUUUUCAUUUCUAUUAGGUGAAUCAAUGGAAAUGCAGAAAUGCAUGCUGCUUUCAUAAAUCAUUUUACAGCUUCAUAUUUCAAAUUGAGAAAAAUGUUUCCUUCUCUUGGGUAUCUACAAUAACUGAUUUCUAAGUCUAGUCUCCAGUGGUUGUUCUCAAAUACUGAUUUACAAAGCAAUUGUUUAUUGCAUUAGUAAAUAUUUCAUGGGGGCUCUCCUAUCCCUUUUUUGGGCUUGUUUCUUGUUUGUCAACCUUAGAAACUAAAUAACUGAAAUCCCCCAUCAUCAUCAUGCUGAAUUGGUUGCAAAGUUGUAGGUUUCUUGAUUCUUUGGAGCAUAAGAAGCAAUUUGAUAUUCAUGCAAAUUGCUGUUGAAGCUGGAAUGUUUUCCUCAUUAUUUCUGACACUUUGUAACAUACUAUCACCAUACUGUUACUCCUUUCCUAACAAGGGUGGUCUUUGCACCUCAUCCCACUAACUUGCAUACUUUUAUCAUUUCUAAGCAACAUAAUUUGAGAAACACAAACCCAUCAGAAAAUUGCAAACUCCUGUCUGAGGAUCAGCUAUGUCAUAUUUGCUUGCCACUUGAGUUAAAGAUUACACCUGAAACAUUAAACUUAAUUGCAACUAUUUUGACCUUAGAGGUUUUUAUAAAAACUUUUUUUAAAUGAGCCAAAUUCUUUGGAAGAUGCUCUCAUUUAUUAAGUUGAAAAGUAAAGGCUUAAAAUUGCCACAAGAUAUUUAUUAUACAAGUUCACUCUUCCUCCUUUUCAUUUGAAUUAUGCUGCAAGUCAUUUUUGGAUUGGAACAGUUGAAUGUUGUUCUCAAGCUAGAAAUUUGUAAAUAAAAUUACAGUUGUUAUCCUUAAUCAUAUAUUUUCUCCUGAUUUAGACUGUCAUUCUUAAUAGAUAAAUUGACUCUAAUGAUCGACAAAUUGACAGACAUGAAUGAAGAGGGCUGGCUAUCAGCUAUGCUAAGAAUAUGGCUGGACUUCUGUUUUUAUGCCUUAAACAGAUACCUUAUCUCAUUUGUUUUAGUGGAGAGGGAAAAAGAUGUUUGCUAAGUCAUAUUUUAUAUGGGUGAAAAAAUGAAUUUGCAGUGAUAAGUCCAGCUUUAAAUGUCUCACUUUGAAGGAAAAGAAAUAUGAAGUAUUAAAAGUUUGUGUACAAACUAUAACUAUUGAAAGCCUCAUUUAUGCCCAUGAUGAAGAAAAUCUUAAUUGUCAUAUUAGUAAUGUUGACUGUGCCAUAAUAGAUUUAAAAGCUACUCCUUUAAGAAAUUCAAAGACUUUCUUGUGGUCAAAAACCAGCAAGGAGCAUUGUUAGAAAAUGGACAAUAAAUCCUAGCUUGAAUGCAAUACAUUACACAUUUGCCCUUUUACCUCUGGGAUCUAGGUUUCAAUCUAGUGCAGGAUGAUGUGAUGUGAUGUCUCUGCAGGUUUAAGAAUUGUAAAUUUCAGUUUGAUUCAAGUGGAUGUGAAUCUGAAGUUCAACAUUGUUUCCUAACAUAUUCCAAGAUUGAAAAGAUGAUUGUGGAAGUUUUAAAAUUCAAACUGGCAUAUGUAAUGGUUAAGACAUAUUAGGGACUAUGUCUGCCAUGUCCAACCUUGGACAUACAUUCUUGGAACACUGGUUCCAAUAAAUAAAAUACUUUUUUUUCCCUAAUAGGGAUAUUCCUCUUCUUGAUUGCCCAAAAUAUUUCAAGAAGUAAAACCUGUACUCCCAAUAAGUAACUCUAGAAUUUGACUCUGAUUAUAUUUAUCGAUGAAGACCGCUUGCUAAUCAAACCUUAUAGCCAUGACACACCAUGCUGCACAAAGAUGUUUAUUUUGUGCCUCAGAAUAUGCAUACAUUUCUGCUAUUUCAUGUUUUAGAUGAAAUCUCAAGAUAGUAGUAAGAAAGAAAAUACUUUUUUUAGGCACUAGCUCUGUAUCAAUAUGGUAUGGAGUAGGAAGCCUAAAUCAUUGUAUAUUCAUUUCAUCUGUAAGUGUUGUCUUUCUAUUUUGGACCUAUUUUCUUCCUUUGAUUUAAUUCUUGUGAAAAAAUUAACUUCUGCUUUACACAGUUAAGUUUCUAGUUGCCUUUAGAAAAGAAAGAUCAGUACUAUGACUUGCAAUUAAUUUUUUAUCAAAUUACUUUCCAACACAACAAAUUGUUAGACAGCAAAUAAUUUUGUAUAUUUUUGUCUUUAUUUCACCAAUUUCACUUUGUGAAAAAGAAAAUGCUGAAAUUGUUCAGUGCUGUGAAUGUGUUCAGUAUUGUGGAUCCAGUUACUCGAUGCAUUUUAGUAAUAAACUCAUUGCAUUUUA